UAUCAUUUUCUUUCCAUUUCUAAAUUACGUGCUACAUGUGCAGUAUUUUUACUGAAGUGCUUGGGUUGAAGUUCCACUUUGCAACCACGAGAGGGCAGGCUCGCACAGCAAGAAAAAAAAGUGCUGCAAAGCCAUUCCGAAAUCCGGACUGUCGUUGUGAAAAUUGACACGAAAACAUGGGGAUCAAUCAAAAGCGAAAUUGAAAAUUUCACAACAAAUAUGUAUGAAUUUUAUCUGACCGACCAUAUAAACGCAAUUCAGGAGUAACCAAACCGACACGUCUUCGCUACAGUCCCGCCCUCUCUCACUCGCCAUUGGUCGAAUCAACUCCCUCCCCCGGCUAAUGAUUGGACAGAAACGCCUCAUCAACAAAGCAACGCGGAACAAGCUUGGGGGGGACAAAAAAGUUAUGGAGUGAAGUCUAAUCGGAUCACGGUCAGUGCGUGUCGCCGCCCGUGUUUUGUUUAGCACAAAACAAAUCUGCGCGCGCGGCGAAGUUGUGCACUCGCCCGGCGCUCAAAAGAGGAGCACGAAAGAAGCGCCGUGCGAAUAAAACAACGCAAUUCGGCAGGGAAGGUACGGGAAUGUUUUUCCGUUUCCAAGGACCGUCUUGCUGAUGUCACCGCGGAGGAGGGCGCCACGCAGGGACAGGUGCGCGGCGCAAAGUUGCCCAGCCAGUCCGGUUGGAUCAGGCUCGGAAACAAACAGCUGAUCCGGGGAUCCGUUUGCCGAAAGUCUUUGGACUGCAGUUUAUUCUAUUUGGCUGCCAAUUCCUGGAAUCUUUCGGAGUGGGGAGAAAAGCAUUCGCGUUAGGAGCGAGGACGACCCCCUUCUGUGCUCUUAUAGAUUGGAGUUUAGCCACACACGCACACAAAAGUGGGAGGGUAACGGUGGGGGGGGGGGUCGUCGCAAGUCUUUGGAGUGCACGCUUUUGCAAAUAGGGCUGUGGGGUCGAGACGCCCUGGCACCAGAACCAGAACCGACACCUUCUGUCUCUAUGCGACAGCACUGCAGGCGCAGCCGCUCCAGCGUGCGGAGGGGUGAUGCGCAAGUGAGCAUCCGGGAGGGGGGACCGACCACCACCGAUCGUCGAAGUAGGAAUAUGACAGACUUGUGCAAUCUGCGAUGAUUUCCCGGUGCGUCACUGCGUCUUAGCACCACCAACCGCUCUCGCCUUCAAGGACGAUCGUGUUCAGCCUGCAGUAAAUAGAAAAAUAAAUUUAGUUUAAAAAAAAAAAAAAAUCAAAACAGCAUCCAACAAUGUCUAAGACCCUGAAAAAGAAGAAGCACUGGUCCUCUAAAGUCCAAGAGUGCGCCGUAUCCUGGGGGGGAACCGGCGACCUGGUCGCGGCGGUGGAGCUGCGAGGCGGCGCCGAGCAGGGGGAGUUCCCCUACCUCGGCCACAUCGUCGCCGAGGCCCUGCUCUGUCACGCCGGGAGGCUCCCCGGCAGCGGGGACGUGCUGCUGGAGGUCAACGGCACUCCGGUGAGCGGACUGACCCACCGGGACACUCUGGCCGUGAUCCGCCACUUCCGAGAGCCCGUCCGCCUGAAGACAGUCAAAGCAGGGAAGGUGCUGAAUACCGAUUUGCAUCACUACCUCAGUCUUCAGUUCCAGAAGGGGUCCUUGGAUCACAAGCUUCAGCAGGUGAUCAGGGACAACUUGUACCUGCGCACUAUUCCCUGUACCACUCGACAGCCCAGGGAGGGGGAAGUUCCUGGAGUGGAUUACAACUUCAUCAGUGUGGAAGAGUUCCGUAACCUGGAAGAAUGUGGACUGCUGCUUGAGAGUGGAACCUAUGAUGGUAACUACUACGGAACCCCUAAACCGCCCGCUGAGCCGAGCCCCGUCCAGCCAGACCUGGUUGACCAGGUCUUGUUUGAUGAGGAAUUUGACAAUGAAGUCCAACGAAAGCGCACGACCUCGGUCAGCAAGAUGGACAGGAAGGACAGCGCAGCCCCAGAAGAGGAGGACGAAGACGAGAGGCCUCCGAUGGUCAAUGGUCAAGCCGACCACAAGGACAAGGCGGAUUGGAGGAAGACUGUGCCCAGCUACAAUCAGUCAGCUGGGGCCAUGGACCUGCGAGCGUGGAGUGCCAUGGCACAGGACGAUAGUCAGGAGCCUCUGCCAAAGAACUGGGAAAUGGCCUACACAGAGACUGGCAUGGUCUAUUUUAUAGACCAUAACAGCAAAACCACAACCUGGCUGGACCCACGGCUCGCCAAGAAGGCCAAGGCUCCUGAGAAAUGCGAAGAGGGAGAGUUGCCCUACGGUUGGGAGAGGAUUGAGGACCCCCAGUAUGGCACCUACUAUGUAGACCACAUCAAUCAGAAAACUCAGUUUGAGAAUCCAGUGCUUGAAGCAAAGAGGAAGGUAAGCGUCGAGACGCCCUCCGCAGCGUCCUCCAAAAUGGCCACAGCCUCAGAAGAGCCUGAUCACGGAGCGCGACGCUUCACACGAGACCCGUCUCAGCUCCAAGGCUCCAUCUAUCAGACUGCACUUCGAAAAAGCCCCCAGGGGUUCGGCUUCACCAUUAUCGGUGGAGACCGUCCAGACGAGUUUCUUCAGGUCAAAAAUGUCCUCCCUGAUGGGCCUGCUGCACAUGACAAGAAAAUUGCCUCUGGUGACGUGAUUGUUGAUAUCAAUAGGACAUGUGUUCUCGGGAAGACACAUGCUGAUGUGGUGCAGAUGUUCCAAUCCAUCCCCAUCAACCAGUAUGUGGAUAUGGUCCUGUGCCGCGGUUACCCGCUACCUGAGGACUCUGGCAGUGGUGAGGAGGCAUCCAAGGACAUGUGCUCUUCUUCCGCCUCUUCCACGCCUCAGGACCCCCAACAUAAGGUCCAGCAAGGAGGAACGCUCCCUCGGCAGACUGCUGGAGUACCACCGAUGACUAACGGAGGGCGCCACCACCAGCACCAUUCGCACCAUCACCACCACCAUUCGCACCAUCACCACCUGACUCAGGCCCACAACCAGGAGGGCCCAGAUGCCACCUUGCUUCAGCCUGAACUCAUCAGCGUGCCUUUAUUGAAAGGCCCUGGAGGUUUUGGCUUUGCCAUUGCGGACUGCCCACUGGGCCAAAAAGUUAAGAUGAUUUUGGAUGCUCAGUGGUGCCGAGGUUUGCUGAAGGGUGAUGUCAUCAAAGAGAUCAACAGACAGAAUGUGCAGACAUUGAGUCACUCACAGGUGGUGGACAUCCUCAAAGACUUGCCUGUAGGCAGUGAGGUCAAUGUGCUGGUACUUCGGGGAGGUCAGACAUCCCCUGUGAAAUCUUUGAAACCGUGCACAGCACCAACAUCGCAGUCGGCUUCCCAGAAUGUACCCCAACCUACAUUCCAGCCCGCUCCUCAGCAAACCCCUCACCACAUCCACCCGAGUCCUGUCACACAGUUGCAGCGACCGGAACUGAACAACAGCCCAGAGACUCUCGGUCAUGCCGAGGUGCCUCCCAAUCUGCUCUCCAAUGUCAUGCGCUCAUCUUCCCCCAAACCAGAUGCUUCGGAACUAUACAUCAAGUCCAAAGCUAUGUUGGAUAGCCAGCCUUCAAACACCAAGGACCUGGAUGUGUUCAUCAAGAGAAACCAAGAAUCAGGCUUCGGAUUCAGGGUCCUCGGAGGGGAGGGACCAGAGCAGCCGGUGUACAUCGGUGCCAUCGUACCGCUGGGCGCAGCUGAGAAGGACGGACGCCUGCGUGCCGGGGACGAGCUGCUUUGUAUAGACGGCGUGCCAGUGAAAGGCAAAUCUCACAAACAAGUACUGGAAUUGAUGACCAACGCCGCCCGCAACGGUCAGGUCAUGCUAACAGUCCGCAGGAAACUCACACAUGCAGAUGGCAGCGGCUGGGAGGAGGAGGGUGGGCAGCAGCAGCAGCCUCGGCAGGUCGGAAACUCUCCUGCGACCCCCCGAGGGGAGCCUCAGAGGGCCGCCUAUCCCUCUCGACACGAGUCUUUUGAAGUCACUCUGCAUCGUAAAGAGAACGAAGGCUUCGGCUUUGUCAUCCUCACCUCAAAGAACAAGCCCCCUCCUGGAGUAAUACCUCACAAGAUCGGACGCAUCAUUGAAGGCAGCCCGACCGACCGUAUGGGUCGGAUGAAGGUGGGCGACCGAAUCUCUGCUGUGAACGCGCAGUCCAUCAUAGAGCUGUCGCACAACGACAUUGUCCAGCUCAUCAAGGAAGCCGGCACUUCAGUCACCCUCACGGUUGUACCUGAAGACGACAGCCUGCCUCUGUCGACAACAAACUCAGCCAUGCAGAGUCCGUCGGUGCAUCACAGACCUGUUGGCCAGCAGCCUCCCAUCUAUGCGGAGAGGAAUGGCGACAUGGCAACGUUCAACCUACCAGGCUUCAAGCAGGACUGUUUUGUGGUGGAGCUGGAUCGUAGCCAGCGGGGUUUUGGCUUCAGUCUGAGAGGAGGUAAAGAGUACAACAUGGGCUUGUUUAUCCUGCGCCUGGCUGAGGACGGACCUGCACUUAAAGAUGGACGUAUACAUGUUGGCGAUCAGAUCGUAGAGAUCAAUGGUGAGGCCACGCAGGGCAUCACACACACUCGGGCCAUCGAGCUGAUCCAAGCGGGAGGCAAUAAAGUUCAUCUGUUGCUCCGGCCCGGCCAGGGUUUAGUUCCUGAUCACAGUUCGAAGGACAACGUAACCAUUCCAAGCUCGAGCUUGGCCCAACACUCUGUGACUGACAGGGAGUUAUUAUCUCCGGCCUCUCCAUCUUCUGUCUCCAUCUCUACCUCAGAAGUGUCUCCAUCCUCACCCCCAGUAACCGUCCCGGAGGAGUUCUCCAGAACAGAGCUAUGGUCAGUCGGCUCUCCUGGUGCCGCGAGGGAGCACGCGCGUCAAACUAACAGAUUAAGAGGACAGCAGGUUUCCAACAAGCGUACCACCAGCCCCGGCACCCACACCAGGAAAACGAGCCGGAGUGACUCCAAGGGCACCAGUCCCAAGAGAGCCACUGAAAGCAGGCUAGACCACGUUGACACCUCCCAGAGCCCCAGAAAAACAGAGCGGGGAUCCUCAGAGGAUAUGAGCAGGGAUCGGAAGCAUGAAGGGCAGAGAGACCGCCGCUCCUCCAGCCCCAAGAAGAGCUCCAAGAAGGACCGUGACGCUGUUGUGCCUUCAAAGAACCAGGAGGAGCCGCAAAGCCCGCGGCGCCCAGCGGGCCAGCAGCCCCCUGGGGAAGGGCGGAAGCACAAAGAUGAGGCUGCAGCUCAUUGGGACGAAAGGGGCGCGACGGAAAAUGAGCGCCACAAGAGGGGAAAAAAGGCUGAGCACGAGACGGUGCUACCAAGGUCGCAUGUGCAGAGGGACAGGUCAGGCUCAGGAGGGGACACGCUGGGCCGGAGGGGUGCAAAAGACAGGGAGAGUAAGUCCCACAGGUUGCCUGAUGAUGCGAACAAAAAGGACCCCAAGGGGUACAGCAAUAGCAUCCAGGACCCAGGCUGCAACGGGACAUCCUCCAAUAAGAAGCCUCCCAUCACACCAGGUCCAUGGAAGGUUCCCAGUCCUAGCAAGAUCCAUUCCCAGGUGGACACAACAUAGAAGGCAUACAGUCAGAACAGGUUUUGUUUUUAUCAUGACUUAUGAUUUCGUUUCACCCAAUUUCUGGAACCAGUGCGGCAAGGCCGAUCGAUGUCUGUUUGUUCCAACACGCAUGCUUGAAAGAGCGUGGAACAGGUCGUCCUCCUGUUGAAUCACGUUUUUUGGGGGUUUUUUUUUUUUUUGGUUUUGUUUUUUGCUCAUCAUUCCAGACUCCGGUUUGAAGAAAACUUGCAUUUCCACAUUCAGUGUGAGACUUGAAUGAAGUCUCUGAUUUUGCCACUGUGAAGGCUCAAGGCACGUUCUCAUGGCCGCGGAUUGUGUUGCUUGCGGACGUGUUCACGCCGUUUUGGACAGCACGACUCCAUUGACGAGCUGGCUGCUUUUCAUACACAUUGAGGCUCGGCCUCCCGUGUUCUUAUCAACCUUUUUGCGGCGCUUUUGACCCGCCUCUCAACAGACCGGACACUUGUGCAUACCUUGUUGAUCUAGUGUUUGUUUCUUCUUUGUCAAUAAUAAUGUAAGUUAUUGAAAUUGUAACUGUCGGUAGAUGUGCUAAGUCACUUCACUUGUCAGGUCUUAAAGGUAGAAAGAGAAUGUGGAGAUAACCAUUACAGUUUAAAACUACAAGGGGAAAAUGGGCUUGGGCAAGCGGCGGGGGGGUCUAUACAAGCGAGUUCUGCCUAUAUUUGUUUUGGGGGGUUGCCUAUGCUCACAAUUUUUUGAAAGGCACAAUGCGAAUGCUGCUGCACAAAAAAAAAACAACCUACAAAGGGAUGAUGUGGAGUUAAAAUUACUCAUCGACAUUUCCCUGAAGGUUUUACAAUUGUAAGUACUGCAAAAUCUAUACAUUCUAUUUCUAUGAUUCUGUAAUCCAUAACAGGUCAUUUUAGAAGCUCUCCUACGGGAUCUGAGCAUUAUUUAUCGAAUCGUUUACGACAUACUGACACAGAUUUUAGAUUAAUUAAAGAACAUGAUUGUAAGAAGUGAGGAGCUCUGACUUUAGCAUUUUUCUUCUUUUCCUUUCAGCUUGUCCUGAUUAGGGGUCGCCACAGCAUGUCAUCUUUUUCCAUCUAAGACUAUUUCGUGCAUCUUCUUCUCUAACACCCACUGUCCUCUUGUCCUCUCUCACAACAUCCAUCAACCUUUUCUUUGGUCUCCCUCUCGCUCUUUUGCCUGGCAGCUCCAUCCUCAGCACCCUUCUACCAACAUACUCACUCUCUCGCCUCUGGAGAUGUCCAAACCAUCGAAAUCUGCUCUCUCGAAUCUUGUCUCCAAAACAUCCAACUUUGGCUGUCCCUCAAAUGAGCUAAUUUCUAAUCCUAUCCAACCUGCUCACUCUGAGCGAGAACCUCAAUAUCUUCAUUUCUGCUACCUGAAGUUCUGCUUCCUCUUGUUUUUUCAGAGCCACCGUCUCUAAUGCAUCCAUCAUGGCCGGCCUCACCACCUGUUUUAUAAACUUUGCCCGUCAUCCUAGCGAAGACUCUUCUGUCACAUAGAACACCAGACACCUUCCGCCAAACUGUUCCACCUCACUUGGACCCGUUUCUUUACUUCCUUACCACACUCUCCACACUCUUUCGCAUUCUUGAACAGCGCUUUUAUAUUUUCAGCCAAACCAUGGACACUGCGACAGAAAAUUUUCUUUUUUUCACCUUUCAUUUAACAUUAUAAUUUCUUCAGUCAAAAAAUGAGGCUCGUUUUCAUUACAUUCUUGAAUUGACACCACUAUUGCGAUGCACAUUACACAUUGUUAUUUUUGGAGGUUUGUCAUCCACUCAAUUGUAUCAAUGUAUUGUGGAAUAAUAUUUAUUAAUCACAGAAUCAGGGACAUGGUACUUUUCAGUCAGAUGUUAAAGCGUUGAGUUCCUCCGUAAAUCCCAUCAUUGACUUUCGAUGAGAAGGACUUGACUGGGAGUGAAAAGCAACAGUUUAUCAAAUGAAGUCAACUGGUGGCCAAUUGCUCUUAAAAUAUCCUCACCGUAAACUUUGUCGGGGUGGAUUUAAACCCGCACACAUGACGCCGGUUGCCAUGUGAGGCAUCAGACUCCCUGCGGAAGGAUGUACAAAAGAAACCGCCCGUAGCAUCGCGUACAAUUUUCUUUUUUGUCCACUCUGUCGUCGAUACGAUUGACACCUGUACUGUUUACCGCGCAUUCCAUUGCCAUGUAUGAGAUUGUGGCCUUGUAUCGCUCAAACACGUAUAAAAAAAAAUAUAUAUAUAUAUAGUUUUAACAUCACAGUUAGUUGUAAAUGUUUCUAUAUUGUACAGCACCUGUAUAAAUCUUUGCCUUUAUGGAGAAAAACUAUCAUCUGUAAAUUGUUUCAUUAUUUUUUUAAGGGAACUGUCAGGAAAAGAUAAAGAAUUGGUGAAAUAAUCUUCCUUUCUGAUCAUGCACUGAUGAA